AAACUCUUUGAGAAGGAAUUUGCACAGCUUAUGCCUCACCAAUACAGAAUCUUCCAUCAGUACAGGGAAAUCAAACAGAAGAAAGAGAAUCUGAGGGCUGAUGAGUGUGUUCUCCAAAUAGAUUUCAGUGAGAAUUAUGCAUGCAAGGCAGAAACAGAAACUCAGUCCAUGCACUUUGGUGGCAGUAGGAAGCAGAUCUCUCUGCACACUUGCCAUGCAAUGUUCAGAGAUCAUGUUAUCAGGUGUUAUUGCACUCUGAGUGAAGACCCUCGUCACUGUGCUGAAUCAGUCUGGGCCCAUCUUGCUCCAGUUUUAGAUGAUCUGUCCAAGACUGGAAUUACGACGAUUCACUUUGUCUCUGAUGGGCCAACUACCCAGUACCGAAAUAAAACAAAUUUUUAUCUCCUUGCAACAUUGCCAUUCACUCAGUGGAAUUUUGACCAGGUCACAUACAAUUUUCUUGAGGCCAGUCACGGCAAAGGGCCAGCAGAUGGAAUUGGCGCUGCAAUUAAGAAUGGGGCUGAUAGGUUAGUAGCCCAUAGGAAAGACAUUCUUGAUGUCAAGCAGUUGCUUGAGUCAUUGCAGAACACAGUCAAUGUUAAAAUGUAUGAAAUAUCAACAGCACAGAUAAGCUCCCUUGCAGAUUCCAUGAAAGAUGUCCACCUCCAGCCAGUCCCAGGUACUAUGAAGAUUCAUCAGCUGAUGACAUCAAAACGUCUUCAGGGAACAGUUUUCCAUCGUCAUUUGCCAUGCUUCUGUAGUUCUGGUGACAGCGAGUUCUGCACAUGCCACUCACGGAUGAAGUUUCAAGUUGAGAAUGCAAAAUGCAAGAGAGUGGAUUCAGUAGUGUCGAGGAUUGAAAUGAAUUUAAGUAGGGAACUGGUUACAAAAUUUGAAAAACGCAUAGCUGAAGGAUAUGACGUAAUCAUUGAGGAUUUAGAUACCUUGGAUGAGAGCAGUCGACUUGAGUAUUUACACUGGAAAGUAUGGAGGGCUGUGAAGCUGCAAGAGGACAGAGGUGCUGAUAGUGACGAUGAUAUACAGGAUUGCCCCGUCGAAUCUGAUUCUGAUGAGCCUGAUAAGUCCGACCAAGACUGGGAACCGGAAGAAGCCUCACCCAGUGCUAAAACUCAAAGCCAAACUUCUCUACUGUAA